AUGGAGGUUGAGCCGAAUGUGAUGGAUUCAGUACUUGCCAUUGACGACCCUAGAGACUCCCAGAACUCGUCAACGUUGCCAGAGUUUUCUGUUUUGCCUAAUUAUGAUGAUCCCUCAUGCUCCAUCGCCAGAAAGCGAAGGCGAGUGGAUGAGUACUUUAAAAGUCUGCCACCAGGGUAUAGGUUCUGCCCCUACGACGACGAGCUAGUCCGGGACUACUUGAUGCCCAAGGUCUUUGACAAGCCGCUGCCUCAAAACCAGAUCAUCGACUCUAACAUAUAUCUCCACAACCCCGAGUUUCUUGCUGAAAAAUACAAACAAUAUGGAGAAAAUGAAUGGUACUUCUUUACUCCAAGACAGCGUAAGUAUCCGAAAGGAAAUCGGCCAAAUCGAAAGGCUGGUGAUGGGUAUUGGAAGGCUACGGGAGCUGACAGGAAAGUUAAAGAUACGGCCAAAACCACUAUUGGGUUUAAAAAGACAUUGGUGUUCUAUAAAGGAAAACCUCCAAAAGGUGAUAAGACCAAUUGGAUUAUGCAUGAAUACAAGAUCAAGGCCAAUCCUCCUCCUCCAAGCAGAACGGGUCUCAAUGACAUGAGAUUAGAUGAAUGGGUUUUAUGCAGGAUCUAUAAGAAACUUUAUAAAGCUCGUAUUAUUCAAGAAGAUGAUCAUAAAGAAGAGGAAGAGGAAGAGGAAGUAAGGACAAAUGAAUCCGCCACAAAUGGUGCCCCGAAUCAUGAGUCCCAACAGAUUGAACAACUUCCUCCAUUAAAUCUUCCGCCGGCAUUGUAUCUAAGUAAAGUGGGUGAAUCAUCUACCUCUACCACGAAUGGUGCCCCGAAUCAGUUCCAACAGAUUGGACAACUUCCUCAAUUACAACUUCCGCCGGCAUUGUAUCUAAGUAAAGUGGGUGAAUCAUCUACAUUUACCACGUAUGGUGCCCCGUAUCAGUUCCAACAGAUUGAACAAGAACUUCCUCCAUUACUACUUUCUCCAUUACCGCUUUCUCCAAGCGAGUACCUUUGGGAUUUUAAUUAUUGGUGCAAUUAA